AUGGUGCGGGUUACCGGACUCGUUCAGCUGGAUGAGAAUGGCGAUCGGGAGAUUGACUUUGCUCUAUGGGACAUGACCGACACAGAUACUGGAGUUUAUCAGAUUGUGUCCGUGUAUAAUGGCAGUCAGAAGCGGAUGAUUCCGGAGCCAGGGAUGAAGGUGUACUGGCUGAAGGGAAGUCCGCCUCCAGAUAUCCCACUGUGUGGCUUCAAAAACGACAACCCUGCCUGCCUGGCAAAGACGGUCACCAUGCACCAGAUGAUCUCCAUAGUGGUGUGCUUCAUUUUUAUCAUCAUCGUAACGGUCACAGUCUUCAUAUACAGGAAGCUGAAACUGGAGAAUGAGUUGACCGCUCAGCUGUGGCGUGUGCACUGGGAGGACAUCCAGAUGAGUAACAUGGAGAAGGUGCUGCGCAGAACCUGCAGCAAACUCACCAUGUCAUUGAGAGGCUCUAACUACGGCUCACUGCUGACUAUGGAGGGAAACUUCCAGAUCUAUGCCAAGACCGGCUAUUACAAGGGAAACAUAACAGCCAUUAAGUAUGUCAACAAGAAACGCAUCGAGCUCACCAGGAAAGUGCUGUUUGAACUCAAACAUAUGCGUGAUGUACAGAAUGAACACUUGACGCGCUUUAUCGGCUCUUGUAUCGACCCACCCAACAUCUGCAUCCUUACUGAGUACUGCCCUCGAGGAAGCUUACAGGACCUCAUGGAGAGUGAAGGAAUCACGCUGGACUGGAUGUUUCGCUAUUCUCUGAUCAAUGACAUUGUUAAGGGAAUGGCGUUCCUCCACAACAGCGUCAUUGUCUCCCUUGUUGUUUGUUGA